AUGAAUAGAGUGAGUGGCAUAAUAUUUUCUCUGGAGAAUGAAUGGCUGUUAAGUGUAGGAAGGGACAAGUACUUGCAGUGGCAUGAUUGUACAAAUGGAAAAAGACUGGGUGGAUAUCAAACUGAGGCUUGGUGCACUUCACUGCAGUAUCCUUUUAACUGAUAAGACUGCAGCAGGUUGAAUGGUUGACCCUUUCCAGGGUUUAUUCUAGAAAUUGGCCAAUGAGGGUCAAAUGGGCCCCCUUCUGUAAUUUUAGGGGGCCCUUUUUCAAGAGAGGGGGUCCAAGGAAGGGGGCACCAAAUCUAAAAAAACUAAGUACUUUUUGAGACUUUUGACAUUCUACAUGGAUUGGACUCACCAGACGCCUUGCUGCUAGUUUGGAACUUUCUGGGCAACUGGAAAAGCCUGUGCUUGAAUUACUGCAGAACCUCGGAUGUUUGUCUGGUGAAAUAAUGACUCAGACAAGGAAGAGAAAGGCAAUUGAGAUAGUAAGAGGCUAAAAAAGUUCAAAGUAAGUUUAUAGAGCGGCCGUCAAAUCGGUGUUGUUGUCAGUGAUGUUUUCGAAUACUUAUCCUUGGGUCUAUUUUUUUUUGCGCCCCAUUUGAUGCGGCAACUUACAGUUUAGGGUUUUUUUCCCAAAUUACAGAAAUCCUGCAGGGCCGCACUCUAGAAUAAACCCUUCUUUCCCUCUUAGGCCAAGAUUUGAUUUUUUACAUUACUAUAGCAAAUUUUAAAGCCUCCUGUAUGGGCAUCUCUGAUUGAAUCGAAGUCGUGACAGUCGCUAUUGAUGAAGCAACAAUCUUGGACAUUAAAGCAACAAUCUCAUUGCUAUUUUAAUCAAGUUUAACAACGUUAGUCGUGCAAUGAUGGUAAGGAAAUAUACCAAAAACUGUGCAGUAUGUUCAGAGUUUUGUUUUGCUUGUUUUCUCUUGUUGUUAUGUUGAGUUAGCCAGUAGCAUUACCACUAAAAACAAUCCUUGAAAUGCGACAAUUCUGCCUGGUAAACCGACAAUUUGAUGGGAAACGCAUGACAAAAUAUAUGUCCACAAGUACUCAUACAGAGGCUUAGUGAUGGAGGUAUAUAGAAUAUAGACGCACCUGAUUUCUGAUAAACUGCCAGUAUUUUCUGGCAACUUGCCCUGUUUUGCUUGUUUACGAGAUGGAGAAUUAAACAUAAUUAGAUGAGGACUUACUAAGGACCUUAUUCUACACAUCCCUUCUUUAUUAAUAUUAUUUUCAUGCUUGCAGUUGAAUUAUUAUUCAGAAUAUUUCACCAUUUUUAAUUAGCUUUAAUCCACGACCAACUAAUUCUUCAUACCCAGCUGGCAAUGAUGACAUUUGGAAGAUGCAGGCAAUACAGUUUAUACCAUUAUUAACAUUGGUUAAUCACAGUCAACUCUUGCCUUGCAGACACCCCACUUUAACAGACACCCCAGUAAUAAGGACAGCAGCUAAAUCCCAGGCAAAAAUAAAUUACAGAUGUUUGGGUAAAAUUAACUCUCGUUUUUGCGGACUCUUGCUAUUGAGGACGCUAACUCGAGCUCCCUACAGUGUCCACUAUAAAGAGAAUUGAUGGUAUCUAGUAUACAAUCAUUGCCAUCAAAGCAGAGUCCCUGAUCAGAAGUAGAGCCAGACGUCUCUUGAGGUUCCUUAACAAGUUUUAGAUUUGAUGCUGACUCAAAACAUGUCUUUGUUGGAGAUUUAGGAGGCCACAUCAGUGUGAUAAAACUAGAAAACAACUCACCAUCACUGGUUACAACACUCAAUGGUCACUCAGGCAAGUUGCCUCCAUGGCACAUAUGGUUUGGCACAGGUGAUUAGGAUGGGUCCUGUCACUCAGUUCUAAUCCAAUCUAGUCUAAUGCUUUUGUAGUGAUAAAUUAGUAGGGAAAGGGUUUGCUCAGUCUUGAAAAGUCCUUGAAUUCCAUUUUUCCUUAAAAAGUCCUUAAACUUCUGUGCAAGCCCUUGAGAAGUCCUUGAAUUUUCUUCAACUUGGAAUUUAGUGACUUGGAAAGUGUUUUUUAAUGCUUUUUGGUCGCCCAACAUGGAAUAUAAAUCAUAGCUCAGAGAAGCUAACCCUGUGAUGGACUAGCAUCGUGUCCAAGGGAAGUAGCAAUACUCCUAGCCAUGCUUCAUGCCAAGGAUACUGGAAUAAGCUCCAGCCAUUUUGGCCUUAUUUUUCACUGCCAUGGUCCUCAUGGUUGCAUAAGGUCUUUAGUGUCUAGAAGUGGUGAGCUGAUCCUGAUUUUAUUCUUCUCACUCUUGAAAGUGUCAUGAAAUUACCGAAUCUCAUCAUGAACUAUGUGUUUGGUCAUGAAAGCUAGACAUUAAACUUUUACUGCAGUACAAUAUCCACACAGCUGGUAUUUUGCAGAAAUAUUUCUUUCUUAAAGAGUGCAAAUAUUAGUAUUUUCAAUAUUAUAAUAACAUUAUUGUCUGGAAUUGCGAUAGGCCUUUUACCACUAGGUCAUUCCAAUUCACCAGUGCUAAAUGAACAUUACUAAUCCAAUAAUAAUCUGACUUACUUAGUCUUGUUUUCUGCACUUUUUGGGUCAUCACACAGCUCUCCUUUUAGCGCAUAAAUAUGGCAGCUGACUACAGUUCUCUGUACCUUUGUUCCUCCAGUCGUCCGGCUUCCUUUUUCUCUAUACCGGUACUAGAUGGUUUUGACAGAACUUUCUGAUAAGGCAUGCUACAGAAUGAGACUGCAAACAUAGCCUACUAAAUGAACUUACUGAUGACAGUCCGUGAGCUCUUCAGUUCUAUUACUUGCAGAAUUCCAUUUUGCAUAUAGUGGAUAGUCAUCUAUAUAGAGGAUAUUACACGGUGGCGAGAAGAUAUGGAUUUUAUGUUUGAGUGGCAAGAACAAUAUCUCACGAGUGAGCGAAGCGAACGAGUGAGAUAUUGUUCUUGCCACGAGAACAUAAAAUUCAUAUCUUCGAGCCAAAGUGUAAUGUUCUUUUUAUUAUAUGGAGAAACCAAUUCAACAAAAGCAAAAGGCGGGAAUCGUGACGUCAUUGAACGAUACGACACUCACAAAGGUGACAUACGGAAAAUACGCCACUCGGGUCCCGGAUGAAGUGGCGUAUGGAAUCUACGAGUGGUUUAGUUCCCAGUAAAACACUCUCCUCCAUAUAAUAAAAGAGGUUAUGUUCCACUGGGAUGAUCCAGAUCAGGAUUAGUGAACAAAUCCAGGAGUAUUCAGAUCAUAACAUGUCAAAGGAACCAACAAAUCCACCGUGAGAAAGGAUUCAUCAGUUUAUUUGAUGUAUAACCUGCAAGCAAGCUCUCUGGGGUGCUCUGGCAGUGGGGCAGGAAAAGGAAGGAAAGCUUGCAAUUACGUCUCUGGAAUUUGAAUAUCUGCAUCGAAAAAGUCGAUGCGAAAUGCUGAUUGGCAGAGAUGACAUUAGUAAUGAUGUCAUUACCUUUGGCAUGUGUUUUUCAAUAUUUGUUUACAUUUGCACUCUUUCCAGUUCACACUGAUUGGUGCUCAGAUUGAUUGACAGCUCAGUUGACGGGGAGCCACAGAGGAAUUGAAGGUGGAAUUCAAAUUCCAGAGAUGUGGUGGCAAGCCCUCCUUCCUUUUUCCACCCAACCACCAGAGCGCCCUGGAGAGCUUGCCUUCAGGCUAUUUGAUGUACCAUGAUUGGAGUGAUCUCAGAUCAUGUUCCUGAUCUGAAUCAUCCUAAAGGAAUGCACCCAGGGUAUCUCUUGAAUAAAUCCAGGUUUUAAAAAUUUUGCCUUGUUAAUAAUUUAUUUUUCCCAUUUUUUUUUUCCAGGAAGCGUACGUGCCCUUGCCUGGGACCCUGAGAAGCGGUUGUUAUUUUCUGGUAGUUUUGAUGAAUCCAUUAUAGUAUGGGAUAUAGGAGGACAGCAAGGAACUGCCUUUGAACUUCAUGGACAUUUGUAAGAAAACCAUGGCUUGAAGACUGUUUUCUUCAUAUCCUGUGACAAAUACAAUACUUGUCAAAUUUCAUUGAAACAAUAGGCUGAAAAUGAAAGAUUUCUCUUGCCACGCCUUCUCAACCAACUUCUCAACUUCCGAGUAAUUCUUCUCUCCUUCCCCAAUUUUGAGAAUUAACAAUUAUUGCACGAGGUUGGGCAAAAUAUUGUGAUUUGUCAGUGGUGAGCAGAUUAAUUAUUUGCCAAAGCCAAAGGCUUAGGCAAAUAAAACAAUGGAUCUGCGAGACACUGGCAAAUCAUGAUAUUUUGCGAUGAUCAAGUUCAAUAUUGUUUUAUCAUUGGAUCACCAAGUUUGUUUUUUAAUGAAUAUCUUCGGGAAGCGAAGCGAUCUGCCAUUUUUCACGCAAUAGUAAUCGGAAGAAGGAGAAAAGCGUACUCUCAUUUAAGCAUGAGCAGAAUAUUAUCAAUUGCAGCCAAACACAGUUGGACGACAUUACGCAUAAGCAGACCAUUAUUUGUAGGCAGUUAUAAUUUCCUGGUCACGUGAUGGGCUCUUGGCUAAUGAAAAGGAAGAAAAAAUUGCAUCAAAUGAUUAUUACAUUUAUUUGCAAAUGGGUAAUAUGGGAAUCAGCAUUGGGGAGGGCAAAACAUGACUAUAGUGUUUCAACAAAUGUGACGAGUAUUUUCAUAGUUAGAGCAGCUUAGCCCACUUCUGCUAUAAACAAAGCAUUUUUUAACAAUAAGUACUCAGCACUUUAAGACGGAAGCCAUUAGGAAAUUGAGUAAUUUUAAUUUUUAGUGGAGAAAAUCCUUGUACCAGAAUAAUUUAAAGCAUAUUGCUUUCUUAUUUACACUUUUCUUUGAAAGGACUAAAAAUGUAAUUAGUUAUAUGUAAUAACACUAAAGAAACUUUCUCAUGAGAGCCCAAGGAAACAAAUUUCAAAAGCUGAAAAUCUCACACCAUGAAAUUUUACCUGUGUUUUCACAAUUCCUGUGAAAUUUGAAAUCAAUUUUCUCUGGCUCCCAUGAGAAAUUAAUCUAUUUUUAUUUAUUACCUUGCACCAGGUCUAAAGUACAGGGUCUGUGUUAUGCACCACAUGCCAAGAAGUUAAUAUCAUGCAGUGAAGAUGGCGUUGUUAGAAUUUGGGACAUGAAUGUUAAACGACAAGAGGUGUGUUAAAACAAUCUACAUAAGGCUAUGGCUUGUUCCUUUUUUAACAAGAGGAGAGGAAACAGUAGAGUAUUGUGUAUUAUUAGUGUGUCAAGGAAAUAAAAAAAUUAAUCGGUUGUUGAGUGAUAAACGUUCAGUGAGAGAAAUACUUUGGAAAGACAAAAUUAAAGACAAAAGUAAAGUGUUUUCAAUUCCUUUUUUAUUGUAUCUGUAUUAGACACCAGAAUGGUCGCAAAGUGAUGUCUGUGAGAGAUGUAGUAGUCCUUUCUUCUGGAAUUUCAAGGUUAUGUGGAAUCAGAAAACAGUGGGUGUGAGACAGGUAUGACCUUCAAGGUGCCCCCCCGCCCCAACCCCUCUCCUUCCCUGUCAAGUAGUGUAUCACCUUCAUAGGUGUUAACAGGGAGUUUAAGAUAUUACGACGGCGAAUUUGGGUUCUUUCAAUCUCUAUCGUGAUUACUCCAACUCAAAUGAGAAAUUAUCUUCAAAUGCAAGCGAACUCUUUUUGAGCCGAAUACCUAAGAACCAUAUUCAAGUUCAGAAAGAGAAAGAAAUUUAGCCGUCGCUUGUUUACGUCCUCCAUAAAACGUGAAAUUAGGCAUUUUCCCGUCGUAGUCGUGCAAUGACGGUAAAGAAGUGUACAAAAAAGCGUGCUGCACGUGCAGAGUUGUUGUUUUGCCUAUUCAAACUAUUGCUUUUUUGACGUUCUCAUUGUCAUCGCCGGCAGUUGUGGCAUCUUAAAGUCCCUCCCAAAUGAGGGACUUGCUCAUUACGUACAAUAUCCGUGUCAAGAGAACCAGAGGUUUUUAAAUCAGUGGCGUCAGUCAAUGCAAGCAUGCGAUUAUUGGGCCUAUGAAGUUAAAAACAAGCUUUCUGGCUUUUCAGUAAGUUAUAAAUAGCAAAAGUGUCUCCAUCUUUCAAAACAGUAACUUUAGGGUUAAUAUAGUAUAGUACAUGUCAAGUCCUAACAUUUGUGAAAAUCUAUGCAUUGACUAAUGGUUUCUUUGAUUUUUCAGCAUCACUGUCGGAAGUGUGGCAGAGCAGUUUGUAAUGAAUGUAGUUGCAAUGAAUCAGCGUAUCCGAUCAUGGGCUUUGAAAAUUCAGUCCGCUUUUGCGUUGAAUGUUAUGAAUCCAUCACUGAUGAUGAGUAA